AUGAUCAAGUCUUUGCUCGCCGCCCGCUCCAUGAACAAGUCCAACAGCGACAACGAAGCGCCGAAAUUCGUCUUUCCCUAUGGCCAUGGCACUUCAAUCGAUGAGCAUGCCGCUAGUUUUGAUGACCAACGCGUCAAUAAAAACACUUCGCCUACCAACCACACCAGCAAGAACAAGACACGAAAAUGCUUUACCUGUGGCGAACAAAAGGCUGUCACGCAGUUUCCCAUGUCUGUGCGCAAGUCUCGAGUCUGUCGCUUUUGCGUGAGUUUGGACACUCGAGGGCUUGACUUGAUGGGCAUGUCUUGCGAAGGCAAUGCGUCUCUGAAGUGCACCUUUCUGGAGGAAACGUCUCCGCACAACUCUCACCGUCGUGGUUCCAGCGCGGAGAGUGCCAAAUUUGUCCUAAGCGAGACGGCCUCGGAAGGAUCUGGUGAAUAUGCUCAUUCCUCCGGAGAUUUCGUCUUCGUCUGA